AUGGGAUCAUCAGAGAGCUACACAUUUCCAUCAUCUAUACCUUCCCAACAAGAAUUGGAUGAUCAUAAUGUUCCAUUCUACUACAGGGAUAAAUGUGCUUCUAACUUGAUUGAAUAUUACAAGUGUCUUGAUAAAGGUACUUCUUUUUGCAACAAGACCAAAGACGAGUUUUACAAGUGUCAAUAUUACCUAUUAAAAGGAAGAUUGGAUAGUUAUAUCAAGGAACACCAUCAUUAG